AUGACCGUCAGCGGAACACCAAAGGCCAUGGAAGAGGCCAAGAUCGAGCUCCAGCAGACCGACUAUCCGCCUGUGUGGAAGGGUGAGGUCAACGGCGUGAAUGCCGGCCAGACCCAUCGCGGCCUGACCAGUCGCCAUAUCCAGUUCCUUGCCCUGGGAGGUUGCAUUGGGACGGGCCUCUUCGUCGGGUCGGGAGCGACGCUGUCUACGGUUGGGCCUGCGCCCUUGUUUAUGGGAUAUCUGGCCAUGUCGACCGUCGUUUGGGCCAUCAUGAAUGUCUUGGGCGAGAUGAGCACGUACAUGCCCGUGAAAGGGGUCUCAGUGCCGUACUUGGUCAACCGCUUUACGGAGCCUAGCCUGGGCUUUGCAGAUACAAUUAUUGGUAGGAGAAAAUAUUUGGCCAGCAUCGGGGUCAUCCAGCUAAUCGGCGUCAGGUACUCGUUUUCCAUGUUGAUCGCCUCCGAAGUCACCGCCGCCUCUCUCGUGAUCGAAUAUUGGACGACCGAGGUGCCCGUGGCGGUCUGGAUCACCAUCAUUCUUGCUGUGAUCCUCAUCCUCAACAUUAUCGCGGUCUCCUUCUUCGGCGAAGCGGAAUUCUGGUUCGCGUCGAUCAAGAUCAUCACCAUCAUUGGCCUUAUCAUCCUGGGGAUCGUCCUUUUCUUCGGAGGCGGGCCUAACCACGACCGGUUGGGGUUCCGGUACUGGAACAAUCCUGGUGCCUUCAAGCCGUACUUGGUUGACGGCGACACGGGGCGUUUUCUGGCCUUCUGGACGGCGUUCAUCAAGUCCGGUUUUGCCUUUAUCUUCUCCCCCGAGCUGAUCACGACUGCCGCCGGAGAAGCGGCCUCGCCACGUCGCAACAUCCCCAAGGCCACCAGGCGGUUCAUCUACCGGCUGAUGGCGUUUUACAUCCUGGGCACGUUGGUCAUCGGCGUCACGGUUGCGUACAACGACCCCAACCUGCUGUCGGGGGUGCAGAAUAGCAGCUCCAACGCCGGCGCGAGUCCCUUUGUCAUUGGCAUCCAGAAUGCCGGCAUCAAGGGUCUCAACCACGUCAUCAACGCGGCGAUCCUCACAUCGGCGUGGUCGUCGGGCAAUUCGUGGCUGUUUGCGGGCUCGCGGACCCUCUACUCGCUGGCCUGUGCCGGCCAGGCGCCCAAGAUCUUUGCCGUGUGCAAUCGCAAGGGCAUCCCGUACGUGGCGGUGCUGUGCACCUUUGCCAUCGGAUGUCUCUCAUAUCUGAACGUGUCGAGUUCGGGCGCCAACGUGUUCUACUGGUUUACCAACAUCACUACUGUAGGCGGCUUCAUCUCGUGGAUUGUCUUGCUGAUCGCGUACUUGCGAUUCCGCGGAGCCAUGCAAUUCAACGGCAUGCUGGGCAGGCUCCCAUUCAAGACGCCCCUGCAGCCGUACACGACGUACUACGCGCUGCUGAUCGUGUCGCUGCUCGCCCUGACGAACGGCUACGCCGUCUUCUUCCCCGGCAACUUCACCGCGUCCGGGUUUUUGGUGUCGUACAUUGUCUUCGCCAUCUUCCUGGCCCUGUAUCUGGGGCACAAGCUCUGGUUCCGCACGCCGUGGCUGAUGAAGGUGUCGGAGAUCGAUGUGGUGUCCGGCGUCGAUGAGAUUGACCGGAUGACGGAGGAGGACCAGGAGAGGGUUCCUCGAAACUGGCUGGAGAGGUUCUGGUUCUGGCUUGCUUAG